AUGAAGAUUAGAGAUUACGUAUUUAUAGGAGCAGCAAUUCUAUGCAAUAUAGAUUAUUCUAGUUGUGUAAGAGUAAUAAAAAAACCAGAUAUGUGUGUAGACAACAGCGCUUGUUCGGAGAGCCAGAUCGAUGGUUAUAUGCCUCCAGAUCCAGAUAUGUGCCCAAGCAACAGCGCUUGUUCGGAAAGUCAGAUCGAUUCUAUGGAAAAUCCUCUUAAAGUUUCUAAAAAGAACCAGAAGACAAUAGAUAGCGAAAUUAAUUCUAUUCCAGAAACUAUAAUCGACAACGGCACUACAAUUAUUAAUCCAACAAACGAAACUUAUGGAAAAUAUAUGCUAAACAUUGAAAAUAACACAGUAUUAGCAAUUAUGCUUGAAAGUAGGCUAAUAAACCGUAUAUUGUUUAUACAUAAAGUAGGCUCAAAAGCUGAACAUAAACACUUCACAUAUAUUGGCAGAAGAAUAGAGUUUGGAAGUAUUUCUGAGAAAAGUAAAGAUAAAAUUAAAAGUAAAGGUAAAAGCAAAACUGCCAAGAAACGUGAAGAGUUUACCAAAAUUGAAUUUACCUUGCAGGAAGACAUAAGAAAUAUAUCUCUGCAAUGCUAUAUUGGAAACAAUAUAGAUCUAUCGAGUAAUGAAAACCAUUCAGAAAUAACUAUUUUAGAAGAGUUUAAAAAAAGUAUAUACUAUAUUGAAAAGCUAAGCAGAAAAAAAGAAGAAAAACAAGUUUCCAACGUAGGAACUAUUAAGAAGUCUUCUGACAAUCCAACUUUUGUACUUUUUUCUGCUAGUGCUUCUCUACACGCAAACGAAGUAGACCUUUCUUCUUCCUCCGAUUAA